GGAGAGGAAAUUACGACAUGAAGCUUUAGAUUUACACAUCCGGUGGGAUCUCUGGUAGCCUUUCUAUCUGUGACAGAAGCAUUAAGCUAAGCUUUCAUCACUUCUUGAACCAGACAUUCACUAUUUGUACGUGUCAUAUGAAAUUUUAAGAUGACUGACAAAGAGCAGGUGGCUGACCCAGGUGAUAACUCAGACAUGGCUCCAACAGCAAAAAAGUCAGGGAAAGCCUCACUGCUGGACAGUGGUGAAGACUUUGAGAUGUUGGACGAGGAUGAUGUUGAUGAUGACCCUCCUCCUUUGGAAGAUGCUGGAGGUGGAAAGAAAGCUAAAAAAGAGGAGUCUCCAGAGGACCAGAGCACUGGUCUUUCUGCUCCAAUUGAUGAAUGGAUGGAUAUACUAGGAAAUGGCCUGCUAAAGAAGAAAGUCCUGCAGUCAGGGAAUGGUCCAGACACUAGGCCCACGAAAGGCCAGAAUGUCAUUAUUCACAUGAGGACUACACUGGCUGAUGGAACUUUCAUAGAAGAGCAACCUAACGUCUCUUUCACUCUGGGAGAUGGAGAUGUCAUCCAAGGUCUGGAUCUCUCAGUGCAGCUCAUGGAAAUGGGUGAAAAGGCCCUUGUUCAAGCCGAUGCAAAAUAUGCAUAUGGUACUCUGGAGAGUCUUUCCCCUCCAGUGCCUCCCAGUGCCGAUCUGUCCCUGGAGGUGCAACUCCUGGAUGCCACUGAGGCCCCCGACCUUGAGCUCUUGCCCCCCCAGGAAAGGAUUGCCCUGGCUGGGAAGAAGAGAGAGAGGGGGAAUUAUUACUACCAGAGAGGGGACUAUGCCUUUGCUGUGAACUCUUAUGGCAUCGCUCUACAGAUCACAGAGGCUAGCUCUAAAGUGGACAUUAGCCUGGAGGAAGAAGAGGUUCUGAUGGAUGUAAAGGUGAAGUGUCUUAACAACAUGGCUGCUGCCCAGCUCAAGUUGGAUCACUAUGAAGCUGCACUACGGUCCUGCGUUUCAGUACUGGCUCACCAGCCAGACAACAUCAAAGCUCUUUUCCGCAAAGGCAAGGUUUUGGCCUUGCAGGGAGAAUAUGCAGAGGCUAUAAGUAUUUUGAAGAGGGCUCUGAAGUUGGAACCAAGCAACAAGACAAUCCAUGCAGAACUCUCCAAACUGGUGAAGAAGCACUCGGAGCAAAAAGGUGCAGAGCAGGCCAUGUACAAGAAAAUGCUAGGCAACCCAGACAGCGGUAAUUAUGGGAUGCAGAAACACCAGGCCAAGUCAUCAUGGGGUGUCAGCUGGAAAUGGCUCUUCGGUGCCACUGCUGUUGCCAUCGGAGGUGUUGCCUUGUCAGUUGUCAUCGCUGCCAGAAAUUAGACAGGAAAUUCUGGUAAUUGGCUCACCCUCCAAAUAAGGAGCCCACAAAAAGCAACUAACUUGACAUCUGUUUUUGGAAUUUUGGGGGGUACUAUUUUAUUUUUUUAUUGGACAGCUCAUCGGUGUGACUGUCAAUAGGUUUCUCAAGUGUCAUUGCAUUCGAGAAUUAUAUGAUUACCAUACAAUAUUAUAUAAAAUGAUUAAAAUAUUAUACAAUCGAUGUUUGCGUAAGAAAAGUACUCAUCACUUUUUUAAAUGUACGUACGUCCAUUCCUAAUGAUUGCCACACUAAUAAUUGUCAAUUGGUGCCAAUCUCUUGAGCUCCUCUUAUCUGAAUGAUCUAUCAAAGUUAUUUAAAAUUAAUGUGAUUAUAAUUGUCCUAUAUUUAUAAAGCAUACGAUUGUACAAUUAUUUUUAUUUUCUUUAGACAGGUAUUCUGCUUUUAUUAGAGUAGUGGUGAUGUUGAAAUGGGAUAUAAGAUUUAUCUGGAGGAUGUAUUAUCUCACCCUUUGGUUCACACUCUCAGACAGUCUACAUAAAUGGAAACUGUCACAAUUGUUUGAAUGGCAGAAAGACGAUACCCACACUUUAAUGUAUAGAGCAGCUAGAUAGUCAGUGAAGUAUACCUCACGUUUUCAUGAUUGACCAAACUUUCAUAACAUACCAAUUUUAGGUCUGGUCUGUUACAUUCUUUUGUGAUUCUUUUGUAGUUUUGUAUUUUUCUUUGACGGCUAUUAAAUGUGAAUUGUGUCCCGGUAUUGUGAGGCUUAUGUAGUUGAUUUUCUAUAAUUAAUUUUACACAGAAAUGUUAUAAAAAAUACUGUACGUAAAAUGACAUUCAAAUGUUGAGUUUGUCAUGUUCCCCUGUGUGUUAAUUUUGUAUUUAUUUCAAUAAAUAUUUGUGAGUUGUUACUAUA